GUGACCAUUGUAACGAUCAAGCAGUGAGUAGCGGUAACUGUAUUUACGUCAUUUACGUACUUUGCUUGAUAUAUAUAUUACAAUCAUAAUUUGAUAGUUAUUGAUAGCAUUGUGCUGUCAAUCUCUCGUCCGAUCGUUCGACGUUAUUUCGUACGCAUCGAACGCGUUACUUGCGACGGAACGCCACUGAAACUAUCGUCGGUUUCAUAUCCCGGCAGUCCGCCAUUAUUGGCGUAUCCACGAAGAACGGACGUUAGUACACUAAUUUUUUCGGGACCCGCUUCUCUUUCGAGUGCUGACUAGCAUUCGAGUUGGGAAGCUCGGUUACCACAGCUAAUCAUGGCUCGCAGCCGGAAAGACAGUACGGGUAAGAGUGACUCCGAGGCUACGGAUAAGGAGAAUAAGAAGGAAAGAGGCAGGGAGCGCGAACGGAAGAAACGGGCGGCGUCUUCUUCCAGCAGUGGCAGCAGCUCAUCAGACAGCAGUUCUGGAUCUUCGAGUAGUAGCAGCGGAAGCAGCUCUAGAUCCAGUUCAUCUUCCAGUAGCUCAUCCAGUAGUUCAGCAAGCUCUUCAGGUAGUUCUAGAGACAGAGGAAGGAAGAAAGUAUUUGCGCUACGUAGUCGUAGCAAAAGUGUUGACGCCUCUCGAAGACAUGAUAACAAGGAAAAAGAGAGAGAUAAAGAACGAGAAAGAGACAGAGAUCGCGACAGAGACAGAGAUCGUGAGAAGGAAAAGAAGAAGGGCAGCAAUUCUGUUCCUGAAAAACCUAAACCUAAAGGGAGAUCCAGGUCUACGUCUCCACGUAGAAAGCGUAAAGAACGCUCACCACUUCUUAGGCCAACAAAAAUACAUAUUGGCCAUCUAACACGUAAUGUCACUAAAGAGCACAUAUCGGAAAUAUUUUCGGCGUACGGACAGAUAAAGAUGGUUGACUUUGCGAUGGACAAGCUCCAUCCGAAUCAGGGAAGAGGAUUUGCAUAUGUCGAAUUUGAAACUGCAGAUGAAGCUGAGAAUGCCAUGAAACAUAUGGAUGGAGGACAAAUUGACGGGCAAGAAAUCACUGCUGCACCAGUAUUAUUGCCGAAACCUCGACCAUUGCCGAUGCGACGCAUGUCGCCCGGCAUGGGAAGACGUGUGCCACCACGGUGGGGAGGCGGUGGCAGAAACACGCCGCCGAGAUAUCGCAGGCGUUCACCGCCCAUGAAUCGCCGCAGAAGUCCACGACCGCCGCGACGCAGAAUAAGAACUCGAUCGCGGAGUCCACCGGGUAAUCCGCGGCACCGGCACCGUCGUUACACAAGAUCGAGCACAAGCAGUUCUCGAUAAAAUUUUCUAUUUACCUUGUACAUACGAAAUAUUGUGAUAUUUAUAAAUGCCUAUGACGAUAUGAAUUGGUGAUGGACUACCAUGAAACAUCUUAUCUGUAUUAAUCAAAUCUAAUCAUUACUUCUUUAGUAUAACAUGACUUAAACAUUGUAUAUACGAAAUAUUGAAUUGAUAAAAAUAACUUCUAAUGCUGAUAAGAUGCGUUUGUCGAUUUAUAACCAUCAUAGACUAAAUAUCGCAGUAUUUUCAUACCUUGUCGAGUCAGAAAUCACCAUUUUUGAAAUAUAUUAAUAUCGCAACAUGUAAUAAUUGCAUUUCACAGUUAAUUAGUAUCUUAAAUUUUAAUAAAGGACAAAUAUUCUAAAACAAUACUACAAAAAUUUGUUCUAUUAAAAUUGCAACCUAAUAAAUAUCAUUUCUU